AGUACAAUGUACACAUCAAGACUUUGCCCUCAACGAACACGUCGUGUAUUUCUUACAGGUGAGUUUGGGUGUGUGACAGAAGCCAAACUGAGACUGGAGGGAAACAGGUACAUGACUGUGGCUGUCAAGACAAUGAAGAGUAGAAGCAGUAAGCAGGAGGUAGAGGCCUUUGUCACAGAAGCUCUGAGGAUGAAGGAUUUCCACCAUCCCAACAUCAUGAGCCUGAUUGGUUUAAUCAUGGAACCUCCCGAGACGAGAUUUUUGCCAGUGAAGGCCAUGGUUGUCCUGCCCUUCAUGAAACAUGGUGACCUUCACACCUUCCUCCUGCGCUCCAGACUGGCAGACAAACCUAAGUUUGUGCCAAUCCAGACCUUACUGAAGUUCUCCGUGGACAUUGCCAAAGGCAUGGAGUACCUGGGACAGAUGGAGUUCUUACACAGAGACCUGGCUGCAAGAAACUGCAUGUUGGAUGAGCAGCUUGUCGUUAAGGUUGCAGACUUUGGCCUGUCCAGAAAGAUCUACUGUGAGAACUACUACAGACAGGGCAGCAUGGUCAAGGUGCCGGUCAAGUGGCUGGCCAUGGAGAGUCUGGCCGACAGGGUGUACACCACACAGAGUGAUGUGUGGUCGUUUGGUGUGACCCUGUGGGAGAUCAUCACACGAGGAGCCACCCCCUACCCAGGUGUGGCUAACCACGAGGUGUACGACCUUCUACUCAAGGGCAUGAGACUACAGAAGCCUAGGGACUGCUCUGACCAACUGUAA